AUGUUCCGAGAGAGGAAUCUACCCGAAUGUAUGCAUGGACACAACAGGAGUUGCUCAAGAAGUUGAGAAGAUUCUUCAGAACAACAAGUCUCCAGGACAUGAUCUCUAUCCUGAGUGUGGAUCAUGAGUUGUCUGAGGAGGACAAGCUGAAGGUCACCAGGGCCGGAGAUCGAGAGAUUCCUUUCAUACCUUUCCAGAUAGAACUGGGAAAUUUGGAGUCAGAAUACAGAAUGAAGUUCAGACAACAUUGCUGUCAAUGAAUAAUACUGUUGUUCAGUGUUCACACUGAUCUAGAGGUCUCACGCUCUCAAGCAAAAUUCUAUGAGAAUUUUGCUUAUUCUUCUUAAGUACCAAAAUUAACAACUAUUGAAGAGACUUUUUAUAAGCAGGCUGAAUCGAUGAAUGUGUGCAGUGAUUAGAAAAGAAAUCUUCAAAAGAUAUUAAAUCUCAAUAGACUCAUAGAAGCAAGAUUCUGUAACAAUGGAAACCAAGUGAAAAGUAAUUUAUAUCGAGUUUUAAUUUGUGUUUGAAUUACGUUUGUUUAUAAUCAAUUUUAGUUAUUUUAAUAUAAAAUAUUUCAAAGCAACAACAUUUUUUUUAACUGAAGGUUUGUUUAUAGUUGCAAUUGAUUGAUGGGUAUAUGGUUUGUACUUUUAUUAAUUGGUUGAAAGAAAGUUGUGUCUAAAGGAAAUUGUUUUAGGUCAAAAGAAAGCUGUAGUAGGUAGAGAGGAAGUUGUAGUAGGUUGACAGUAGGUCGUGGAAGGUCGUAGCAGGUCGGUCAUAGACGUAAGACGACGCCAGUUAGAGCUUUGUUUGGUCGUAGAGAGGUCGCUGUGGAGGUAGUCGGAGGUUGUAGUAGGUUGACAGUUGGUCGUGGAAGGUCGUAGCAGGUCGGUUAUAGACGGGGGACGACGCCAGUAUAGGUUUGGUUGGUAAAAAAGAGGUCGCUGAGACGUCAAGGUGACGUCGCUACAAGGUCGAAAACUGUUCGUUUUGUGUCAAGGCGACGUCUAAACGACUUUAAAUCGACUUCAGAUCGACGUUGCCCCGACGUCGGCCCGACCAAAGACGACGUCGCCCUGACGUCAAGUCGACGUCGGUUGGUUAUGUGGGUAGUAUUACUUGGACUCCGGAGUGUUCCCAGAGAAGAUUCAUCCGUUUCCGCUUCUGAAGCCCUCUUUGGUUCUCCGUUGGUUUUACCCGGAGAAUUCCUAGACACUCCAGAGCUUCCCUCAUCGGAGUAUCUCAGGAAAAUCCAGUCUAUCCUGAAGAACAGUACAUCAGUCCUACCUCAUCACUCUGCAGUUCCAACCACAAAACCAGACCAGAUCCCUUCAAGUUUAGCUAAUUGUUCUCAUGUUUUUAUCAGAGAGGAUGCAUCAAAACCUCCGUUAUCUCCGUUAUAUAGAGGGCCAUAUCUAGUCCUCUCCAAGUAUCCAAAGUAUUUUCUCGUUGAAAUUGGUUCCAAGUCUGACUCUGUCUCCGUGGAUCGGCUUAAACCUGUACUCUCUGAUCAUCCAGUUACUCCUCAGCAGCCUCCCCGACGUGGAAGACCUCCGUUGUCUCCGGCUCCGUUAGCUCCGGCUCCGUCAGCUCCGGCUCCGUUGGCUCCUGCCUCUCCAGUACCUCUCUGGAAAGCCCCUGGAAUGAAGAAGAAGGUUCAGUUCUCACCUCAAAAGUUUUCUCCUCUCCCAGCUCGUAGGAACCCACGAAGAAGAGUCCGGGAUAACCAUCAAGUGUUUCAUCUUCUUCAACACCUCGAUGCUGGGGGGACCCCUGUGGAGACCCUGGAUUACCAGCUGAUUGCCGGAAACUCUGAAGACCAAACCAAACAUAUUUAUUCAGUUUAAUAUCUCAUGUUGUAAGUUAGAACAAAAUAUACAGUUAGUCCCGUUU